AUGCCCGCCACUCGAAAUCAACGUGCUCAGCGACCAGUAUCGGUAGCCGUACCACCAGCACGCCGUUCCCAUCGCGCUCGAGCGCCCCGUGCCUCAGGAACAACCACGACGGUUCCUUCGUCCAGCUCUCCUCAGCCAGCAACAGCUGCUCCUCUUGCUCCAGCCUCGGCUAUCACGCCCCAACAGCUCCAAGAGAUUGUCAGCUCCGUAACCGCCAAAGUGACUCGACGCCUGCAACCUGUAACAACUCCAGUGCCUGGUGUCCACGCAGUCCCAUCGAGUUCUCCUUCGGGAGCUGCCUCAGUUACGGAAUCGCCUGUUGUCCGCAUCUCAGAGCAUGUUGCGACUCCUCCGACGGCUGUGGCGCAACUUGCUGUUUCCAACGCUCUUGGUUCGGCCCACGCCACAAUUUCAGGUGAGACGUUUUUGGCGCCUACUUCUAGCCAUGUUCAACCAACGCAGGAAUAUGACUCUAUUAGUUUACCUAUAGACUGUCGGAUUUCCAUUAAACUUAAAAAUAAAAUUUGGAACGAUGAAUACAUCGAUUUCAGGUCUUUGUUGAGCAAUCCAAUGUCAGAUAACAAAUUUCAAUUGAGCUUUAGCUCUUCUGACGCCGGUUUACCACCAUCUCUUUCUGUAGAGCCGAUAAGUAAAGCCAAGAAAAUAACAAAUAUUUCUGUUUGGAUGAGUGCGUUUCGCAUUUUUGUAGGGGUUUAUGCUCAAAAGUAUCCUCAUGAGUCCCCCGCACUCAUGAAAUACGGGGAUAUAGUACAGGACUUGGCAGAUCGGGGUCAAAAUUGGCGGUUCUAUGAUGAAAACUUGCGCUUUUUGCGUCAAACCCAGCAGAGUUUGUUGUCUUGGGCCAAUGUUCAUUGGGAAUUGUGGCUGCGAUCGCAGCAUACUUCGCAAAAAUCACCCAGUACAAUGCAACGUGCCCCGUCUAACCUUUCUGGUAAGGGGCUGCAAAAUUCAAUUCCUCGAGGCUACUGCUUCAAGUUUCACAAAGGAGAGGCUUGUUCUGGGUGUGAAUUUAAACAUUCCUGUUUUAAGUGUGACGGCCUACACCCUGGCCUUAAGUGUAAUUUUCGUGGCCAACUCAGGCGAGAUUUUCCCAGACCAACCCGUAAUUCUGCCAAGUCAGGUGCUGCUCCCAACGCCCAUCAACCUAAAUCGGCUUGAGCCAUAUUUAAACGGCUAUUUUGCAGACAUAAUUUCUACACUCGUUUCUGGUUUUACUCAUGGUUUUGCGUUACAUUUUUCUGGUGUUGUUAAUACCAAAGAAGGCAAAAAUCUGCCUUCGGCUUUAGCUAAUCCAACCGUGGUUGAUAAAAAACUUGCUAAAGAACUGUCAGCUCUCAGGCUUGCGGGGCCUUUUACUGCCGCGCCAUUUCACCCAUUUAGGGUUUCUCCGUUAGGUCUAGUCCCAAAAAAGACCAUAGGCGAAUUUCGUUUGAUUCACCAUUUGUCCUUCCCGCGCGGUUCUUCUGUCAACGAUGGCAUAGCUACCGAAAACACUAGCGUGCACUAUGCCACAGUUGCAGAUGCUAUUCGUUUAAUUAAACUCGCGGGAUCUGGAUGUUUUCUUGCAAAAACCGAUGUGAAGAACGCUUUUCGCAUUAUACCAAUUCGACCCUCCGACCAUUAUCUGUUGGGCAUGAAAUGGCGCGGAUGGUAUUAUUUCGAUCGCUGCUUGCCUAUGGGUGCUGCCAGUUCUUGCAAAACCUUUGAAGUUUUUAGUACUGCGCUUCAAUGGAUUGCUCAACACAAACUCGAUAUCGACUAUAUUUUACAUUUACUUGAUGAUUUUUUGCUUAUUUCGCCCUCUUAUGACUCCUGUCAGACUCAGUUGCAUCGCUUUCUAGCAUUUUGUGCAUUUAUUGGUCUGCCGCUGGCCCAAGAGAAAACAUUUGGGCCUUCGACAACCCUAUCUUUCGCCGGAAUUGAGCUUGAUACCAUUAAACUUGAAGCGCGUUUACCUCGCGAUAAGCUGCAAAAAUGCGUGGAGUUUAUCAGCGAAUUUUUGAGACGCAAAAAAGUUACUUUGCGCGAAAUUCAGUCCCUAGUUGGCCUGUUAAAUUUUGCGUGCAGCGUCGUCACCCCAGGAAGGGCAUUUUUGCGUCGACUGAUCGAUCUCACCCACGGCGUCCGUUUCUCUCAUCACCUAAUAAAACUUAAUGGCGAGGCUAAAGAGGAUUUAAACGUUUGGUUAUCUUUCCUGUCAACAUUUAAUGGCCAAUCAUUCUUUCUUGAUGACAGAUGGCAAAAUUCCUCUAAACUUAAUUUGUUCACGGACGCCGCGGGUGGCAUCGGUUUUGGUGCAAUUUUUGGCACGGAAUUCUGCCACGGUUUCUGGCCCGAUCACUGGCGCCACCGUAACAUUGCCAUUUUGGAAUUCUACCCCAUUGUACUGAGUCUGUAUUUAUGGGGUCAUAAGAUGGCGAAUCAUAACAUUUUAUUUUUUACUGAUAAUGAAGCACUCGUUCAUGUCAUUAAUAAGCAAUCAUGCAAGGACAAAGCAUUGAUGUUUUUUGUUCGCAAGCUUGUUCUUGUUUGUUUAAACCACAAUAUUUUAUUUAAAGCCAAACACAUUCCUGGGACGUACAAUCGCCUGGCUGAUCUUUUGUCUCGAUUUCAGGUUCAAACCUUCAAACGCGAAGCACCAGCCUCGAUGAAUUCCUGUGCAACGGACAUUCCGCGGCAUCUGUUGCCAGCGAAUUGGGAAAUAUCGUUUCCCACUUGACACAAUCGAGCCUCCAGCCAUCCUCAAUUCCGACUUACCGACGCGCUUGGAAACUUUUUGACCAAUUUCAUUCUCAUGUGUUUCAAACAUUUUCAUAUAAAUUACCAAUUUCGCCUCCUACAUUAGCACUUUUUAUCGCCUACAUGUUUGCCGGCGCUACGCCCCUCUAGUGUCAACACCUACGUCUCGGCUCUCGGCUAUUCCCACAAAUUAAUGGGAUUGAUGAAUCCCACUAAAAUAUUUUACAUUGUGCAAAUGUUGAAAGGCUAUGGCAAACAGGGUUUUCGUUUGGACGCUAGGUUGCCUAUUACGCUAACGAUUUUAAAUAGAUUAGUAAUGGCUGUGUCGCUACGUACUACGACCAGUGCCAAUUUCGUGCGAUGUGUGCUCUAGCAUUCUUCGCAUUUUUGCGCGUGGGUGAGAUCACCGCAACAUCACAGCCGGGCAAUUGCCCUAUACAGGUAAACCAGCUCACCAAACUCUCAAGAGAUGGUGAAGUGAUUGGUUACAAAUUAAUAUUGCUGAUUACAAGCAUAACUACAAUCAGCGACCAUUUACUAUGGUCAUCAACCGGCAAACAAGCGCUUGCCCUGUACAAUUAUUAUCAACAUAUUUAAAUCAUCGUGGCUGUAGUCCGGGUCCAGUAUUUAUGACAGUGGAGGGCGUCGCGGUGCCGAGAAAAGUUUUUACCGCUAACCUUGUUGCUUGCCUCAAAUACUGUGACCUAAGUCCGUCGCAUUACAAAUCACAUUCGUUUCGAAUCGGUGCAGCAUCUUUCGCUUCCUGAGAAUGGUUUGUCCGAUGCACAGAUUCGUCUUCUAGGUCGGUGGAAAACGAAUGCAUUUCAAAAGUAUAUUCGAGUUUCAUCUCUUUCAACGACUGCUUCAUUAUCUGAGUAACACAAUCCUUCCAAACCGGGCGACAAUGUCGCGGGGUGUUGUCGCUUGGUCCGUUGCAUAGUAUAUUUGGUGGUCCAGAGGGCCUGUCUAGCAGGGGCGGACAUCUCUUCUUGAUCACCAGAUAUAUUAAUGUUCAUUAGUAAUUAUUCACUUAAAUUAAACUGUUAUUUCUGACUAUUUUAUUCCUUUCUGUGUGUGAACAACAGUUAGCAGGGGCGACUGUUAAAUGUUUAGUGGUUGUGUUAACAACAGUCAGCAGGGGCGACUGUUAGAUGUUUAGUAUUGAAGGGCUCUAUUUACAACAUUCUGCUCUUACUCAUAAUGGUUUCGCAGAGGCGACUGCUUUCGAUCGGCCUACACUACAGUUAACAGGUUACUGCGGUGUAUUUUGGCUCGCUAUACAACAUUAUAAUAAUUAAAUGCUCUUUGCUAGUGGUGUUGCGUUUUCCUCGGGUGGGGAGACUCCGCGAUUUACGCUCGACUGACUUCAAUGGCGUAGUCUUUGGCGUGUAGUCCUGCCACCUUUACUGGCAAUGAACAUUAACAGACUCAAGUUAUUAACUGAAAUUAUCAAUUUUAAUGAUUUUAUGAUAUUUCUAAUUAAAUGACGAGAUUUUAAAUAAAGCGGCUGUGAAUCAAUUUCACAGCCAAAUUAUCCCAAGUCGGGUGUUUUGUUUUGCCAGUAAACUGA